UAAGCGAGUAGCUGAGACUGGUGGUUUUGUGAAGCGAGUCAACUGACUCACUGAGAAGAUCCGACUCUGACAGAAUGAAUCAUUCACAAAACGGACAUCGUUAGAAAGAGCACGUGUUUUUGUAAUCUGGAGAACCGUCCUCUGUGAAGCUCAACAAUGGGCAGUGUGUUGGCUGCCAGUGCCCCCAGCCCUCCUGCACCAGGGCCAGGUGGAGCAGGUUUGGUGUCAGUACCUCCAGGAUUCACGAUGCCCUCCGUCUCUCCCGUCUCUGUGCCUGCCAGCUCUUCAUCUGGGCCCCAGGAGACUGAACCUUCCCUUUCAAACCCCGGCGGCUUUGAAGAGUGCCACCGCAAAUGCAAAGAGGUGUUUCCUAUGCAGAUGGAGGGUGUUAGACUAACAGUGAACAAGGGCUUGAGCAACCACUUCCAGGUCAACCACACAGUGUUGUUAAGCACUCUAGGAGAUUCCAGUUACAGGUUUGGAGCUACUUAUGUGGGGACCAAACAAACAGGACCAGCAGAGGCUUUUCCCGUCAUGGUUGGUGACAUGGACAACACAGGCUCCCUAAAUGCACAGAUUAUUCAUCAGAUCACAGACAGAGUGCGCUCGAAAUUUGCAUUCCAGACUCAGCAGCAGAAGUUUGUGAACUGGCAAGGAGAUGCUGAAUUCAAAGGAGAAGAUUUCACUGCUGCUGUGACCUUUGGCAACCCAGACGUCUUGGUUGGGUCAGGAAUUGUUAUAGCUCAUUAUCUCCAGUCUGUCACUCCGUCGCUGGCAUUAGGGGGAGAGCUGGUGUACCACCGACGGCCUGGAGAGGAGGGAACAGUCAUGUCUCUGGCGGGCCGAUAUACAGGCAGCAACUUUAUCGCCACACUGACACUAGGAGGAGCUGGAGCUCAUGGGUCAUAUUACCACAAAGCCAAUGAUCAGUUGCAGGUUGGCGUGGAGUUUGAAGCAAGCACCCGUAUGCAGGACACUAGUGUAUCAUUUGGAUACCAACUGGACGUCCCCAAAGCUGAUUUGGUCUUUAAAGGUUCCUUAGACAGUAACUGGGUUGUUGGAGCCACGCUUGAAAAAAAGCUGCUGCCUCUGCCUCUGUCACUGGCCCUCUGCGCUUUCCUAAACCACAGAAAAAGCAAGUUCCAGUGUGGGUUUGGCAUCACUAUUGGUUAAUACUUACUUCUUUCUUGGUUAAUGCUGCAGUUUACACACCAGUGCUGUUGCUGGUGAAACUGCAAAGAUUGGACACACUUGCAUAUUUAUCCACAUCUGUACAAAAUCAGUCAGUAAACAUGAAGCAAAAUAAAGUAAUAUUUGUUGUUAGUUCCAUGUAUCAGACCAACCUCUGCAGUGAUAAUUCCAAUAUCCAAAUAAGUACUUUUAAAAACAUCACUACUGCUUGAUACAUUAUAAGAGAAAACAAGAACAAAUACACAUAUACAAUUUUCCUUUCAUUUUGUUGUUUACGUUCAUUUUUAAAAAAAAUAUAUAAAUUAUUUCCUUGUUUAUUUUUGUUUGUGUUUAAUGAAGACGUUCUGGAUUCGUUUAUUUUCCCUAAGCAAUGAGCAGGGAUUUUUUUCACAAUGAUUUUAAUCAAGUUGCUGGAUCUCUGUACUUAUAUAGGUACCUAUAUAAAUAAAAUAUAUGCAUUGCAAGUAUUGUGAAACAUGGAUAAAUUCUUAAAACAAAACAUAUAUCUGUCCAUAAAACUGAGAUGCAUGUUUAUGAAUGUAUUUCAUAAUACAUUAUGAAUGUAUGUUGGUGUAAAUAUUUUUAUUUAGAGGUAGAAUUGUUUUGCUCAUGAAUUUGUCUGAUACACUGUUGCAUAGCUAAGAAA